UUAAUUAAUUAUCGGGAGGUUUGAGUUUUGGCUUGGAAAGGAUAUGGGAUGGAUGGGGGCUUCGGUGAUUUUAUUUUUUUUUGUUAAUCUGUGAAUGAAGUCGGUACGUUUUGAAUAGUUUUUCAAGCCCCCUGAACGGCGUUUGUAUCCGCGUAUGAACGCCGGCUUUUCCCGGCCAGAAAAUCGACCCUCAGUCCUGUUUUGUAUAUCUGGAAAAGUGCCUCUCUCACUGUACACGAAGAUACUUUUCUUUCUUUUUCUUCAUAUUUACAAUUCAUAAAACAGACUCCGAGCUUUAUAUGGUAUUUGUUUUCCCCCAUUUGAUCUGUCGUUUUAAAGUGAUUUUUGUUUUGUUUUUAAAUUCAAUUUAACGGGAACGCAAUGGACGGCUUGUAAUUAUGCCAGAAAUGCAUCGUGAACGGAGGGAUUCCCGCUCUUCUCUCAAAGAAAAACCAAACACUGCCAAAAGACUGUGACAUUUGUAUUCUAAGAUCUCAUAUUAUUACAAGUGGUAAAACACAAUGGAAUUAAGGCUUCAUAGCCCUGUUGGAGCAGGUGCGAUCGUGCUUCAUUGGCCUUUGCCAUCAUCUCUCAAUCCGGAUAAUGAUGACGAUGCUGAAGAAGUGUUUGAAACCAUCCGAUUUGUUUGUGAAGAUUUUCCACAACUCAGAUUAGCUUUAAGUGAAGAAAUCCUCAAUAAGUACAACCCGACCAGUUAUGAUAGUGUCAAAAGUUUGUGCGAAUAUUUUAAUGGAGUGAUAGCUGAAAUGCAUUUAUCAAAUUCUACUCCUCCACUUGAGGUAAUAAGAAAAAACCUUUCAAGGGAUCUUCUUGAACACAUCCUUGUUCAGGUUUAUAAUCAGACUGUGAAAGAACCAGAUAAACUGAAUCAGUAUGAACCUUUUUCUCCAGAAGUGUAUGGAGAAACGUCAUUUGAACUCAUCUGUCAGAUGAUCGAUCACAUGAGCAUAUCAGAAGAAGAUAUCUUUAUAGAUUUAGGUUCUGGAGUCGGCCAAGUAGUGUUGCAAAUGGCAGCUCUGACGUCCUGUAAAUUGUGUCUUGGAAUUGAAAAAGCUGACGUACCUUCACAAUAUGCAGAGAACAUGAGCAAGAACUUCCGUAAAUGGAUGGCCUGGUUUGGAAAGACUUAUGGAGAUUAUAAGAUAAUAAAAGGAGAUUUUCUUGAUGAUAAAUUCCGCGAAAAAAUAACUUCAUCUUCUUUGAUAUUUGUAAAUAAUUUUGCUUUUGGACCUUCCGUUGAUCAUAAUCUUAAACAAAUAUUUGCCGAUUUGAAAGAUGGGGCUAGAAUUGUUUCAUCAAAAGCAUUUUGCCCUUUAAAUUUUCGGAUCACAGAUAGAAAUCUUACGGACAUUGGUACAAUAAUGCAUGUCUCAGAAAUGCAACCAAUGUGUGAAUCGGUUUCAUGGACAGGCAAGCCUGUCUCUUAUUACCUGCAUGUCAUCGAUAGGACAAAAUUGGAGAGAUAUUUUCAAAGAUUGAAACAGCCGCCGCAGCCAAAGAAACAGGGCAGAACUAGCAAUUGUAACAGUAACAGUAACAGCCGUGAAGGAAGUGUCGAGAGUAACGGCAGAAGGAGUGCAAAUAGAAACAACAGUAAACCACCAAAGAAACCUGUCUCCAAUAAAUGGAGUUCUGAUGAAGGGAGCUCAGAUAACGAGGCACCACGGGUCACAACGAGGAGAGCAUGGACAGAAUAUUGCAAAUUAUUAUCUCAAAACAAUCAAAAUAAUUCAUUCACAGGGAAAAAUGAAAAAAAUGGUGUAGUCAAGAAGGAAAGGGAUAUAAAAUAUCCUAAACGAAAAUGCUCACAAAAAGUACCCUCACCCUCUCCUAUUCGUCAACAACCAACUCGCACUUCUAACACUCGUUGUUCAAGAUCAACUAAAAGAAAAAACAUGACAAAUGGUAUUACAAAUAAAUGUCAAAAAACUUCAAACAAUAGAAAUCCAUCAGCUGGUUUUGCCUCUUGGAACAUUACUUCGAAUCCUAGUACUUCUGACUCAAUUUUCCUUGUUGAUGACGAAGAUAAUGAUAGAAGACCUGUACCCGAAACACUCAGGCGUUUACUACGCACUUAUAAGACACAAUUUCUAGACAUGAUGGAAACCAUGAAGACUCAAAACUAUAUUAAAAAACUGAAUGAAGAAAUAUUAAAGGAACAAGAAGGGAAUUUAAGUUUAAAGUACAAAAUUGAGUUUCUACAAAGUCACAUUAAAAAACUGCAAUUAGAAGGUACUGAGCUUCUUAAAAAGAGAAUGUCUGAAUUAGGAGUAGAAAACUAUUUGCCAGCAACCUUCCUCGAACAAGCUAAAGAUGUUGUACUAAAACACAAAAAUCUUCAAAUUCAGGUUACCAAGCUUGAACAGACUAUUCAAAGCUUGGAAGAAGAGAGAGAAGAGUUGUACAGGCGGCGUUAUAAAGAAAUCGUCACCAAGGGAAUUGAGGAGGGACUUUCAACUCCAAUGGAUGUAAUAGAUCAAACUUUCCAGAAAACUUUUAAUGUAUUUCCACAGCGGUGAAAAACUCGGAUCAGUACAUUUCAGCCUUACAGUAAAAAGUUACCCAUGCUUUGUUAGGUGCCUUCAAUAAUAUUAUUUAUUGCUGUGCUGUGUAAAUAGUUUUCCAUAUUAUUUUUAGUUACUGAAUUUUUUACAGCAGAAAACGUUUUUAUUCAAAAUAAAAAUUGACUGAUCAUGUCUAGUCCUUUUUAAGGGUUGGAAAACGUCUUAGGUCUAGAUUUAUUUUUCUUUCAUAGUGACACCUAACAAAAAAUAAUAACUUUAUAAUAAUAAUUAUAAAUAAAACAAUAAAAGACAUUUUAUUGGAUUAUUUUGCUGGGAUAUGUUGCUGCAUUGAAACAAUGGCUGUGAAACUUAUACCAUUUAUAAGUAAAAAAUAAUGAAACUUUACACUUUUCUCUUUGAAACAAUACAAAAACAUAUCCCAUAAAAUAAUUUUGAUAACCUUUUAAAUAAUUGAUUAAUAAAUUUUCUUUCCAUGGAUUGUUUUGAUUGCA